AUAAUUAAUUGUUUGUGGCUAAGUAAGUAUGUUAGUCUCGUUUUGAAACAAUAACAUAUCAGUUAUCAUACAAUUUUAGGUUUGUCAUACAGGGUUGUAAUUAUUGUGUGACGUUUAUUAUAUACAUUUAUAUGGCGUUCACAAUACCUUGGUGUACCGGUUUAUGCUAACACAUAUUGUACACAUGGGUACGUGUCAGAUCACGGGUGUUUAUCUAGCAAUGUCGAGUGUUGAUAGGAGUUAAAUUUAGAUACAGCCGUGUUUCCGUGUAUAAGGUGAGAAAUGACUCUAUAUAACCCUGAAUGUGUUAGCCAGACGUUGUACAGACGUAGGUUUCCUAAGUCACUCCUCUGACAUUGUAACCUUUUAUCUGUGGUUCUACAGGUUCUACUGCACUCGUCAGUACACCUGUUUGUAUUGUACAGUAUAUAAUGCGGGUUUUCCCAGUCAUUCAUUUGUCAUAACGUUAGUUCAUUAAUUGUGCAUACUUCAGAAGUUCCCAGUGACUAGUAUACCAAAAUAGUAUCACCUGGAGUCAGGCGGUACGGAGUAGACCCUGGAGAUUUCUGUGGUGGUUACGUAUGGCCGUAGUGUAUCUAUCUGACGCCAGCGAAAGGAAAACAUUCGUUAACCAUCGGAAACCGGACGGGCUGUAACCAUGACAACAAUUAUGAUGUGGAGUGUAGGAAGAUUAUAUCGGAAAUAAUACUUGAAUAUUUCGUUGGAUUUCGUUUUUAAAACAUUUUGGAGAAAGAUGAUGGAGGAGAUGGGUGAACGAAACAGCCCCCUCGACAAUAUGGCAGGUUCGACCAACAUCACCGACAGCACAAACAAGUUUGAUUUUGCAUCCUUCAUCAUUGAAAGAAACAACGACAAUGCAUUGCUUCUUCUUCCGGUAAUAAUCGUCGUUGGAGUUCUGAUUCUUCUAGGGUUUGUUGGUAAUACGCUUGUCUGCUAUGUUUACAACUCGCCGACGAUCAAGAAGAGAAGGACCACGAAAAGGGUGUUUAUUCUCACUCUAGCCAUCUUUGAUAUAUUGAAUUGUGUGCUCGUUAUGCCGUUCGAGAUUUAUGACAUGAGAAACCAGCACUAUUUCCAGUCAACGGAAGUUUGUAAAGUCUUCCGGUUUAUCGAGACUUCUCUGGUGUUAUCGUCAGGAUUCAUCCUGCUGUCCGUGUCAGUUGAUCGGUACGUGAAUCUCGUCAAAGCGUCCAAACGUAUCAUCACACCUAGUAGAGCGAAGAAGCUUGGAUUAGCCUGUGUCAUCGUAUCCCUAUCAUUAGCCUGGCCAGUGUUAAUAUUCGCAGGAACAGACAAAUUCACCAUUCUAGUGGACGGGAACAGUACGAAUCUGACUGGCACAGAAUGCACAACUUUUAGAAAUGACUAUCAUGGGUUCAUGAGUGACAAAAUAUAUAAUAUUUUUUUAAUCGGCACUUUUGUAAGUGCCUUAAUUAUUCUUAUUGUGAUAUACAUUUUGAUUGGACUAAAACUCUACCGUCGCCGCAGGGGAUCUACCAAUAACGGUGGGCUAAUGUUUCUGUCCAGUACCAACGAAGGAAAGAACUUGACAGAUGGGAAGCCAAUAAAAAGAAACAAUGUACGAAAGUCUAGUUUGGGUUACGCCAUUAGACGCAGUAAACCGAAAGCUCAGGGAUCUACCGUUAUGUUUUACUCAGUAACAGUCGUGUUUAUUCUGGGAUUUUUACCACACUUGACUGUGCGCACGUUGAAAAUGCUUAAAAUAGCGUUUACAGAAAGUCACUCAUUUGACUCGACAGAAAUUAUAUACAAUCUAUUAGUUAGAUCAUAUAUGAUCAACAGUGCUGCCAAUCCCUUCAUAUAUAGUAUCCUCAACGUAAGAUUUAGGAAGGAUCUCAUAGCUUCUUUUAAACGUUGCUUCUGUUUGCACAGGUUACGUUCAAAAUGAAAAAAUGUGUAUUUAUUGACUAUACUUUCAUAAUAAAACAUAUUUAUUUAAAAGAAA